GAUUUAACCUGUCUUGUGAAGCUACCUAAACUGACGAAACUGAACCUCAAGGAUCCACUGUACCAUCCGUGUCCUGCCAGUCAACUGUGUAACUAUUCCACUCACAUCAUGUAUCACCUGCCCAACCUGGUCUCUCUGGAUACGAUAGACAUCACCUGCAAGCAGCUGGCAGAUUUGGCUGAGGGAACUGUGAACAAGAAGAAAAUGUUUUACAAUAUGAGGGCUAAAACCAUACAGCGAAACAUGUCUGAUCUGCUGGCUCGUUUGGAGUCUGCCAAGAAAGAACUGUUAGAAGUGCCAAACAGCAGACUUAGAACUGUGAUGUUUGCCAUCAAAGAAAUGGAAAGACUUCUUGAUACUGGUGGUACGGCUGACAUGUACGACAGUGAUCCAGAAAGCGAAAGAGAUGUUCGGAAGCCCGUGGACAAGAAAUUUGCCUAUAAAGCCAAACUUGAUGCUUUGAAACAGAGACGGCUAUACUGGGAAGUAAAGAGUAACAAUAUAGAGAGCUAUGCAAAGAUGUCUGAAGUUUGUAUUCGACAAAUGGCAGACAUGAUGAUUAACAGACUUCUGGUAGAGCUGGAGACAGGUGGCAAUGUUCGCUUUGAGGAUGGCCGUUCAUCAGAUCCAUGGUUCACAUCCUGCCACGAUUUAGUUCUCUCACGUUUCUGUGCAUAUGAUUACCGUGAUCUUGGUGUAGUCGGCAUCAAGAUUCAUCGAAUUAUUCGCAUACAUAAUCGUAUGCUUCGUACACGAUUUGACAAAUCUAUAAUUGCCAUCACUGAGAACAGCAAGGGAGAGUACUAUCCUGGAUCUAAGAACACAGCCUACAAGAAAUCCCUCGAGUACCUGUUCUGGAUGUCCGACCCUGAAAUGGUUGGGGGCAGCACGGAGAGUUAUCGCAUUCCGGAAGAAGGCUUUAUGGAUGCUGAAACCUACAUGCAAUGUGGACGAGAAGGUGCUGUGCCUCUGAGCAAUAGUAUCAGCCUGGCCGACCGACGCCGCAUUGCUCACUGCAUUAAGAUGAACAGAGACAGGGAGGACCUGGAUAAUUGCCCUUUCAGACAUGGGCUCCUGAUUGUGGCCAAGACCCACCUGGGCAAGAGUGUUGUAGCAAAAGGUGACAAGAGGAUUUGCAAGGCAAACUAUUCUAAAAUGGACUCAGUGUUCAAGCCAAGAAAGAACUGCAUACCAAAAGAAAAGGUAGCCGAAGAAAAUGACUGCGAAUGCAGUGCCCGUCAGUGUGAGUGGUAUAUCUUUAACAACAACCUCGUGCUUCCAGAAUACAUUAUUGAGUUUGAAUACAUCACAAAGGUGAAAUCCAUGUGUCCAUUCCAACAUCUAAGUGAAGACUUACUUAAUGAGCAGCCGCAGAAACAUGCUCAGAUUCCAGUAGCUAAAAUGGUGGACAACAGCAAUGAUUUCGAUGAUGAUAUUCUCAAAAUGGAUCCAGAAAUCAAGCCAAGAUCAAGGAUGGUGACCUUAUCAGACGAACUGAUACUCCGGUUAGCAAAAGUGGACACAUUUAAUAAAAUAACCACUUUGAAUCUCCAUGGCAACGGGUUAACCAAACUGCGACAACUUCAGCACCUGGUCAGUCUGAAACGAUUGGUGGUCAGCUUUAAUGAAUUGACCAGGCUGGACGAGCUUUCCAACAUGCAGCUUCAGUGCAUAGAUGCAAGUUUCAACAAGAUCUACACUUUGGAGGGAAUGAAGGGAUUGUACUAUAUUGAGGAGUUAAAUGUGUCAUGGAAUAAACUAGUCAAUACUAGAGAGGAGCUCUCCAUUCUAAGAAAACAUUUGAGCAAUCUUUGUGUUCUAGAUAUAAGAAACAACCCUUGGCUGAAGGCAAAGGAUUUACGCUAUCGUGCCAUUGGUCGAUUGAGAAAUUUACGAGUGCUUGAUGGGAAACGUGUAGAUGAAGAUGAAAUAGCUUUGGCUCUGAGAUGUGCGGCAGGAUCAAGAAUCUCUCAGUUAUCAUUGUUAACGUAUUCUCGCACAGACACAGUGGUGCCUCGCUCUCUCUCAUUGGCUGAUUCAGCACAUAUUAUUACAAUGAUCAGCAGAAACAAGCCAGUGAAAGAAAGUGAUAGUGAUGUUUUUUGGUAUACCAAGAUAACAUCCUUGAAUCUCGACAGCCAGCAUAUCACAAAGUUGUCGAAUCUAGACAGGCUGUGCAACCUCAAGUACGCAUCUUUUAAUAACAAUGACCUGACACGUAUUGAAGGUCUUGACAACUGCAUAGAUCUUCUGGAGCUGUCCCUGGCCAACAACUGCAUUCCAAAUCUGGACGGCUUGCAAAAGUUAGUCUCCCUGCAGAGGCUCGACCUGUCCCAUAACUGCCUGACUACUAUUGAUACUGGCAUCCUUGAAAAAAUGGAGAACCUGACAUUCCUGGCUCUUGAGUCGAACCGGCUAACUGGCCUUAGUGGGCUUCAGAGAAGCACUGCCCUUGUCGAGCUGUAUAUUGGCAAUAACAACAUCAGCAACAUUAGGGAGGUCUUCUUGCUUAAGUCUUUGCACAGUCUGGUUAUUUUAGAUAUGUAUGGAAACCCAAUGGUAUCAGAAGUGGAAAAUUAUCGUUUGUUUGUGAUAUACCACCUGAAAUCUCUGAAGGCACUGGAUGGGUCAGCCAUUGCACCAAGGGAUAUUCGCAAAGAAAUGGCACUCUAUCAGAAAACCCAGGCAACACUGGAUCUUCUCUUGCUUGACAUGAAUAAUAGCUCUUUACAGGAAGCUGUUGAGGGUAAUGUUGCCAAAGAUACAUUCGAUGGGCGUCUAACUGUGGACUUUAUUGUUGAGAAAAUGGGUCACACCUCAUUCUGUAGCAUGCGGGAAUUGGAUCUGCCAAACUGUGGCUUAAGGGCAGUGAACCUCGGCACAGCAGAUCAGUUUUUAAAUCUCAGAAGUGUGAACCUUGAGCACAACAGCCUGCAGUCUUUGGCCGGUUUGAUUUACUUGGUAAAUUUAAAGGUGCUGUGCCUCAAUAACAAUCACAUUGAGUGUAUUCUGCCAAAACCAAAAGGGAUGUUAAACAACCAAGGAAAAAACCGUAUUGUCCUCUCAGCUGGCAGUAAGACUGUGGACUCCACAACUGACAACUGUACUUCAGUUUUACCAAAUUUGGAAGUUUUGCAUUUAGGAUACAAUGGUAUCAAAGAUUUGGCUGCUCUACAGCUGAGCAGACUGCCUUCACUUAAAGCACUAUUCCUGCAAGGAAAUGAGAUUUCUAAAGUGGAAGGUCUGGAAGACCUUCAUAAUCUGAAAGAGCUAGUGCUGGACAAAAAUAAAAUCAGACAGCUUUCAGAGAACUCAUUUACCAACUUGAUCAGCUUGCAGGAGCUACACCUGGAAGACAACAGGCUGCGGGAUCUCACAGGACUCGGCUGUCUUCACAACUUGUCACGCUUAUAUCUUGGAAAUAACCGAAUCCAAGAACUCACUGAGCUUGAUAAAAUAGAGACACUGCAGCAUCUUAUGGAAAUUUCUUUGGUCAACAAUGCAAUUACCCAGCGUUCAAUGUACAGGUUUAUCCUGGUGCACUUUAUCCCUUGCCUGAGGGCAAUUGAUAAUAUUCUCAUUACAGACGAGGAAAGAUCUCUGGCAAACCGCUGUAUGAAUGAUAUAACACAGCAGUCUCCCGUUCUCAUAGAAACACCAUUGCCAGGUAUUGCUAGAAGCAAACCAAAUGUUCAAGUCAAGGUUACCAACAUGCAGUUGCCUUCAACUCCCAUUUGGAAUAACACAGCAUAUUGCGAAGACGAUUCUGGCGGCCAGAGAGGGUGUGGUCGUGCAAAAGUUCAGUUACAAGAAUUAGGGCACAGUUAUGGCCUGACAGGAGGAGGCAACUCCAGUAAUACAACUCUCAGCAGCAGCAACAACCGCAAACAGAAUUCUGGUUCUAACUAUGUGAUGUAUCCAUCCAGUCAGAAAUCAGAUGUGGAAACCAUAAACAGGUUGAAUCAACAAACAAGCAACAAGAGAUAG